GGAUUGAAUAACUCACAUUUCUUUCAUUCUAUGGCUGAUGUUGCUUACUUGCUUUUGAUAAGACAGUAAACCUCUCCCGCCAUUAAAAUGCGAUCCUAUUGCCACAUAAAAUGUUAGUAUUACCACCACCAAACAUCACGUGUCAAACACCAUGUCUUCCCCCAUGCAACCUCCUCCACCGCCGCCACCUUCUCACCACAACCGCAUUCACCAUCUCCUUCAACUUCAACCUCUCUCUGAAAACCUCAUUUCCCAUUUCAGACCCUUUAGCCAGCGCCCGUGGACUGUUCAUCAUGCCACCACCAAACCUCACCAACAGGUACUAUCUGGUAAGGUCUGGUGAAUCAGAGUUUGAGAGCAUGGGUGUGAUAAACACUAACCCUGUUGCUAAAACUUCUGUGGAUAAUGGUUUAUCUGAUAGAGGAAAGAAACAAGCUAUUAGAGCAGCUUUUGAUUUGAAAGAAAUGGGUGCUUGUGAUAAUAAUUGUUGGAUUUGGCCUGCUAUUACUCAGAGAGCUUAUCAAACUGCUGAGAUUAUUGCUUCUGUUAAUUCAAUUACUCGAAGUUAUAUAGUUCCAGAAUACAGCUUUCUUGAUGCCAGGGGAUUAGGUGCUUAUGAAGGAAAAACAUUAGAAUCUGUUUCAGAAAUAUAUACAUCAGAUAGUAUAUCACCAAAAAUCAAACCUCCUCCUAUUGAUGACGGAACUCCAAAUGAGAGUGUUGCAGAUGUAUUUGUUCGUGUGACCCAACUCAUGUCAAUACUUGAAACUCAGUACUUUGGUGACACGGUGGUUAUAGUUUCGCCAGAUUCUGAUAACUUAUCAAUCCUUCAGGCUGGUUUGGUUGGACUAGACUUGCGAAGGCAUAGGGAUCUGUCUUUCGCACCUGGUGAAGUUCGCUAUGUUGAUACCAAUGACAUUCCUACUUACAAGCAACCUCCAUCUGCUGUCUAUAAAUGUACCAUCCUACCAAAUUGUAAUUAGCUGUUUAUUUCAUUUAACUUAUUAUAGCAGAAAAAUGAAUAUAUACUGAUGAAUAUAUUGCUCAAGUUGUUUACAUUUAUGUCAUUUUCUCAAA